UUCCUCCCUCGACCUCUAUCUCCGGAGGACCAUCCACCACCCGAACUACCCAAGUACUUGAAGCACCAGGUGUAUGAUAAACCAGAGGUGUUUUCAAAAGUUGAUGAACAUGCAAUUCAAGUAAUGGUACUUCCUGUAAUUUGUUUGGUGUGGAAAUUAUGUACACCCGACAGUUACUCUGGUAUCCAUUGCAUUACGGUUAGUGGAUAUGCUAAGGGAGUGGAUUAUUUACCGGGAGAUCGCUUUUCCGGCCUUCCCGCCAAUCACUCAUGGAAUGUAAUAUAUAUUCGGGGGUCCUGGCAACUUGUUGAUGCCCAUUGGGCGGCUCGUUACAUGAGUUCUGGAAAGAAUGUACCCGAAAAUGUCGUUUAUGAAUACGACGACUUUUAUUUCAUGAUGGAGCCACAACAAGCUGUCUACAGUCACUUUCCAGAAGAAUCCAGAUGGCAGCUUCUCCCAACUCCGUUGACUUUGUCACAAUUUGAAAAUCUUCCUUUGACAAAGUCGCAGUUUUUCAAGUGUGCCAUAGACUUUCUGGAUCAACAUCAUGGAGUGGUGCACACUCGAGAUGGUCGCCUACCUAACCCAGCAGACCUACGGGAUCGGAUACCAAAUAUUGAUAUGGAAUUGAAAAGCUUCUUGCUUCAAGAAACGACAAAAGAUCGGUUGAAUUUUUACUUCCGACUUCCUGCAUCUGGAGUUUACUAUCUUACUAUCUAUGCUCAGUUGGUUGAGAAUAUCACGAUAGAAUUCUCACAUGCAUGUAUUCAAAUCGCACACAACCAGAGC